GUAAACUAGCGGACCAGACUGACACCGUAGGAGAGAGGAGAGUCAGGAGAACCGACUCUCCUCAGCAGAAGAUCAUCCAGAGUGAUUUUACUGAUCUAGGUGGUAAAGGUGGUGAUGGGGGCUCCGGCAGUCUGUGUGGUCUUUCUCAGUGGAGUGGUCGUCUCUGUUCUCGGAGAUCAACACUCUCUAUACUAUAUUUACACCGCGCUCUCCAAAGAUGUCCCUCUACCAGGGAUCUAUGAGUUCACAGCACUGGGUCUGCUCGAUGACCGGGAGAUCGACUACUACAACAGUAAGGACCAGGUUAAGGUUCCUAAGCAGGACUGGUUGAAGGAGAAGAUGCAGCCAGAUUACUGGGACAAAGGCACCCAGUCUCGCAAGAGCAAAGAGCAGUGGUUCAAGGUCAACGUGGACAUCCUGAUGCAGCGAAUGAGACACACAAAUAAUACUGUUCCAGACCUUCACGUUCUUCAGUGGAGACAUGGCUGUGAGAUCGAUGAAGCAGAGGGAAAUGUUAAAUUUCUGAAAGGCAUUGAUGAGUACAGCUACGAUGGAAAGGAGUUCCUCUCUUUUGAUGACGAGAACAUGCGGUGGAUCGCUCCAGUUCCAGAAGCUGAGCCAACCAAAAGGAAAUGGGAUGAGGUGUCCAUCCUGAACCAGUACACCAAGGGUUACCUGGAGAAAGAAUGUGUGGACUGGCUCACCAAAUUCAUGGAGUACGGAAAAGAAGCACUGAGAAAACACUCCAAACCAGAUGUUCAUGCAUUUGCAAAGAAAUCUACAACUAACUCAGGUGGACUGACCUUGACCUGGCUGGCCACGGGCUUCUACCCCAAAGACGUGAUACUGAAUGUGAGGAAGUCCAGAACUUCACUGCCUGAACAUCUACUAACAUCUUCAGGAGUCAGACCCAAUGGUGAUGGAACCUACCAGCUGAGGAAGAGUGUGGAGAUCCAGAAGGACGAUACAGCAGAAUAUGACUGUUAUGUGACUCACAGCUCCUUUGAAGAACUGAUAAUUAAACAAUGGGAGAGAAAGUGCAGUGACUGCGGGAGUUCAAGUUCAGGACUAGUUGGAGGAGCAGUUAGUGGAGUGGUGGUGAUGACUUUGCUGGGUGGGAUCAUCUUUGUCCUUAUAAAUACGUGGAUAACUGGUGCUGGAAAUGUUGAAACUGUGGUGUAUUAUGAGCAAGCCAGUCAAAAGGGAACUCCAGGAGGUGAAUUCCACUGGGACUGAACUCCAGAUUACCCAGGAUUAUAACCCUGACUUUUCACAGCACAGACUCUUUUCCAUUCAUUUAUGAAGUCAGUACUUUUACAUCACUGUUACGUUAAAGCUGCACUAUAUAAGAUUUGGGGAUGUGGAGACCUCUCUGGUGGAAAUGUGCAAUUGCACGCAACUUGUAACGUGGGUUGUGCAUCAGACCCCUUCCCCAGCUGGAUGAAUCUGAUGACUGAAAGAGAGUUUAAAGAGAACUCAGCCAAAACUUGGUGAAGGUCACAUCUUGUGAG